AUGGGCUUUGAAGAAAUAGAUGGAGAUGAUGAUUUCCAGGAGGAGUUUGCUUGCCCGUUCUGUGCAGAAUCGUAUGAUAUCAUUGGCUUGUGCUGUCACAUAGAUGAUGAACAUCCUUUAGAGUCAAAGAACGCGGUAUGCCCUGUUUGCUCUCUAAAAGUGGGAGUUGAUAUCGUAGCGCACAUAACGCUACACCAUGGGAGUUUAUUCAAGAUAUCCUUUUUGAUUCAUUUUCUAUACUUUACGGAUUUUCUUAGUUCUUACCGUGGAAUCACAUUGCUCUGUUUGAGUUCCUUAAUGAGUUCUUACAUGCAGCGAAAGAGGAAAUCAAGGAAAAACAGUUCAAAUUCUACUCUUUCUCUUCUUCGGAAAGAGCUAAGAGAAGAAGAUUUACAAAGGUUAUUAGGACUUUCUUCUUCUCGUAAUGGCUCUCCUGCUUCAAGUGGAACUCCUGAUCCUCUUCUCUCGUCGUUUAUCUCGCCUACACGAUUACAUUCAACUCCGGUGACACGCCAAACAAGAAAAGUAUCUGAGGAGAAACAAAAGGAGCGCAAGAGAGUGGUAUGCAUCUCACCCGUUUCAUCGAAAGAUCGGGAAGAGAAGAUGAAGAAAUCAGAGUUUGUGCAGAGGCUCUUGUCAUCAGCCAUUUUCGAUGAGGUCUAA